GAAUGUCCAGCAAAACACGCAAGGAAGCUGCGAUCUGCGUAUUGUAAGUGAGAUGGAGUAGUAGAAAAUGAUCCAACACUCACUGCUCCUACUUCCGCUAUUAUUCUAUUCUAAUCUCACUUUCCAGGCCAACUCUUUGUUCGCUUUUCUGUUGUCUUCCAUUUUCCUCUUUUACUGCUCCAUUCUGUUUGAUUUUUCACGAGAUUCUUCAAGAAAUCACGCUAGCUUUCUAGUUUCUUUGUCUUUUGUGGCUCCUGGUGGUACUUCUCCUCCAAUUUCACAGAAUUCAAGGCACUGUAGUAAAAGUAAUAAUGGGAGGUGAAAACUGAGACUGAUUCGUGAAGUGAAUGCAGUGGAGUUUUGGGUAAAUUGGAGUUGCUGAAAUUGUUAAGGCGGCUUGUGCUGCCUCGGAAUGGUUGGCAAGUGAAGCGAAGAGGUUGUGCAGGAUAGAUGAGGCGAAGGUCGAAUUCGCACAAGUUUCACCACAGAUGGAAGAGGAAGCUGUUAGCGGCGCUUUUGCUGGGGUUUUGUUUCGCGACUUUUGUGUUAAUGGAGUCGGAGUACAGCAGAAUCAAAAUGUUGUCGUUGAUAUCUCCGCCUUUGAUUCGGAAGCCUAAAAUUGCAUUCCUCUUUAUUGCGAGGAACCGGAUUCCUCUUGACAUGGUUUGGGAUGCGUUUUUUCGGGGUGCUGAUGAGGAUAGAUUUUCAGUUUACGUACAUUCAAGACCAGGGUUCUUGCUGACCACAACAACAACAAGAUCGACAUACUUUCUAAAUCGACAAAUUAAUGAUAGCGUACAGGUAGAUUGGGGAGAAGCUAGCAUGAUCCAGGCCGAGCGUAUUUUGCUUCAAAAUGCAUUAAUGGAUCAUCUUAAUGAACGUUUCCUUUUCCUCUCAGACAGCUGCAUACCUUUAUACAAUUUCAGCUAUACGUAUGACUAUAUAAUGUCUGCCGCAACUAGCUUUGUUGACAGUUUUGCUGACACAAAAGAAGGCCGGUACAAUCCAAAAAUGCAUCCAGUGAUUCCUGUUGAAAACUGGAGGAAAGGAUCUCAGUGGGUCGUUCUGACCAGAAAGCAUGCCGAGAUUGUAGUUCAAGAUGACACUGUAUACCCUAUGUUCGAGCAGCAUUGUAAGAAGAAGUCUUUACCUGAAUUUUGGCGGGACCAUCCCCUUCCUGCUGAUGGAUCUAAGGAACAUAACUGUAUACCAGAUGAGCAUUAUGUUCAAACCUUGCUUGCUCAAAAAGGUCUUGAAGGAGAAAUUACAAGGAGAUCGCUGACACAUACUUCCUGGGAUGUUUCAUCUUCCAGAGACCCUGAAAGGCGAGGAUGGCAUCCUGUGACCUACAAGCUGGCUGAUGCUACUCCCAAGCUUAUCCAAUCUAUCAAGGAUAUAGUUAACAUCUAUUAUGAGACCGAAUACAGACGGGAAUGGUGCACUAGUAAGGGAAAACCCUCUCGAUGCUUCCUUUUUGCGAGGAAAUUUACACGGCCUGCUGCUUUACGCGUUCUUAAUACAUCUGCUCUGGGAAUUUUCAGCGAAGCAACAAGUGGAGGGAACUAAAGGGGAUCACUUGUGUGGGAACUUUUAUGAAUAAAGGAGUUGCUGUACAAUAGGAAGCAGAAAAUGGAAGCAUUAUAUGUACAUCUUUCUUUUGUUGUUGUAAUAAUGCAAUAAAACUGGUCAUUAUAAUAUCUUUUACUUCUUUGCUUUUAGAAGGAAAAUAUUAGGUCAUUGGUUUCUUCUUGUUUGUUGCCCUGAAAAAGGGAGUAUCAAAAUAAUCACAAUUCUCAUUCUCUCCCCUCA